GGGACGUGUAUGGGCUGUUGAAUGUAUUGGCAAAAGCAGUAAAUGCAAGUUGGAGUUCAUCAGAAAAUCAUGGCGGAUUGAGUCUCCGUUUGCGCGAAGUGUAAUUACUCAUUCAUUCAAACUCCGAGGGAGAGCGGGAGGAGUUAGUUGGCCGGUGGCGAUAGGCGGCGGCGCGGAGGGAUGGGAAGGGCGUUUGUGUAUGUGAUCGUAGGCGGAGGAGUGGCAGCAGGUCAUGCUGCUCAUGAAUUCGUGAAGAGAGCCGUGUCUCCCGGUGAACUCUGCAUCAUCUCUGAAGAACCUGUUGCACCUUAUGAAAGGCCUGCAUUAAGCAAAGGUUAUUUACUUCCAGAAGAUCCAGCACGCCUCCCAUCAUUUCACUGUUGUGUUGGUACUAAUGAGGAGAGAUUAACACCAAAAUGGUACAAGGAACAUGGUAUAGAAUUGGUUCUUGGAACUCGAGUUAAAUCUGCUGAUGUGAAGCGAAAAACAUUAUUAACUGCAAGUGGUGAAACAAUAACCUACAAGAUUCUCAUUGUAGCGACUGGUGCUCGGGCAUUGAAGCUCGAAGAGUUUUCAGUGAGUGGCUCAGAUGCUGAGAAUGUUUGUUAUUUACGGGAUUUGGAUGAUGCAAACAAGAUGGUGAACAUGAUACAAUCAUGCUCUGGUAAAAAUGCUGUUGUCAUUGGUGGUGGCUAUAUUGGGAUGGAAUGUGCUGCUUCUUUGGUGAUAAACAAAAUAAAUGUAACUAUGGUCUUCCCAGAAGCACAUUGUAUGGCCCGGUUGUUUACGCCAAAGAUUGCAAGUUAUUAUGAAGAGUUUUUCAUCUCAAAGGGAGUGAAGUUUAUCAAAGGAACCACCUUAGCAUCUUUUGAUUUUGAUGCUGAUAACAAGGUUGAUACGGUUAAUCUCAGAGAUGGAACUAAGCUUCCUGCUGAUAUGGUUGUGGUUGGAAUUGGAAUACGUCCAAACACCAGCCUUUUCGAAGGCCAGUUGACGAUAGAGAAAGGGGGAAUCAAAGUAAACGGAGAAUUCCAAUCGAGCAAUAGCUCAGUGUAUGCUGUUGGUGAUGUUGCCGCUUUCCCACUCAAAAUCUUCGGGGAAACACGGAGGCUGGAGCACGUUGACUCUGCGCGCAAGUCAGCACAGCAUGCUGUUGCAGCAAUCUUGGGGAAGGAAACAAAAGACUUCAACUACUUGCCGCUCUUCUACUCCAGGGUGUUCACGCUCUCCUGGCAGUUCUACGGCGACAAUGUGGGCGAAGUAGUCCACUUUGGUGAUUUCUCAGGACACAGUUUCGGCGCUUAUUGGGUGAACAAGGGCCACCUUGUUGGCUCAUUUCUGGAGAGCGGAGCCAAAGAGGAGUACGAGGCUAUAUCUAUCGCCACCAGGCUGAGACCCGCCAUUGAAGACUUGACUGAGCUUGAAAGCCAAGGUUUGGCAUUUGCCAUGGAGUUGAGUCGCGACUCGCCACAGUUGCAGCCUGUUGAUGGUGCUGGGAGUUCUGCUCUGGUUGUGGAAAAACCAUUGUACCCUUGGCAUGCCACGGCUGGAGUUAUACUGGCUGCAUCGAUUGCAGCCUUUGGCUAUUGGUAUGGCAGGAGGCGUCGAAGAUGGUAGAUAACUAGUGUUUUCAUCAUCACUACUUAGUACACUUACUUCCACUGGGUUUUGCUUCUUUAUUUUGGGUGCACAAUUUUAGAGUUGUGAUUAUGUUGUAGUAGUUUAGCUGUUUAGGUCCGUCCAGGAGAAUUGGAAAUACUUCAUCUUACACAUAUAUAUCAUCCAUCAAAUAUUCCUUUUCUAAA